AUGUUGGCCACCACCACCCUCUUCACCCAAACCACCACCGCCCUCUCCCCAACCUGCAACACCACCACCGCCAACUUCACCCUCUAUCCGAUCACCGUCGAAGGUACCACCAUCGCGGAGGUCGCCCAGCGAGCCAACCGAAGCAUCUGCGACAUCGGCCGCUACAACCUCAUGGCCGAUGUGACCAUCAUCCCGAACGUGGGCCAAACCAUCGUCAUCCCGCCCCUGGAGUGCACCUCGCAGCCCCCGGACAACGAAUCCUGCCUCCUCCCCAACAUCACCCGCACCAGGACCUGCAUCAACGGCGGGCCCCGCCUCUACUACACGGUCCAUGGCGACACCUACGAGGUCAUCGCGCGGCGGCUGAACAUCACCACCGAGGCGCUGAUGGGCAACACCUCGGGCAACGAUGCCUCCGCGACCGAUCUGCUGGAGGUGGGCCAGUUCGUGAAGGUGCCGCUGUGCGAGCCGAGUUCCUGCGCCAUCACCCCCUUCACCUUGACGUUUGGGGUGUACGAGGAUCUCGCGGAGGAGUAUGGGACGACCGUGGGGCAGAUCAUGAUGUUGAGUCCCACGUAUAAUUAUAGUACCUCGUUGAUGACCGGGGAGACGCGGCCCACGUUGGAUUUGCCGGUGAAUUGUACGGCUUUGGCGGAUGUGGUGACUGUGAUUGAUUAA